AUGGCCGAGUUCGUGGCCCUGAUGCCGCACCGUGGGCGGGGGCUGACCGCGCACGACGGCACCAGCCGCAGCAGCAACAACAACAACAAGGACGAGGGGCGUGAGCGAGGCUCCACGCAGCUGCCGGUGAACGAUGAGACGCGGCCCAUUUUUGCGUCUCUUGCUAGGAUACAGAUGCAGGUGGAGGCGCUAGAGGCGCUGCACCUGGGGCAGCUGGUGGAGCUGCGCGCGGAGAAGCGGGAGCUUGUGCGGGACGCGGUAGAAAAGCUUCGCUCCGAGUGCCACUUCUCUCGUGAGAUGAUUUACGUGUACAACUGCACCACGCAGAAGCUGGCGGAGGGAGGCCACGACAAUCCUCGCCCGCUAAACAUGGCGGAGCUGCGUAUGCGUCACAACAUUGCCAUGUUCAUGGAAUGCCGGCUGAUGUCGCAGGUGCGUGCGGUGUGGGCGGCGCAGAGGGCGCAGGAGGAGCGUCUGAUUGACGCCACCGCAAGGCGUGUCAAGGCACGUUUUGGUACGACAGAUGCUGCCGGCGGUGAGGUUUACAACCGGGGCGAGAUGGGUGCUGAGCACGCCAGAGAGGUUGCACGACGGCUUGUCGCAACUGGUAAUGAGGAGCGGUUGUUUUUCCUGGCGCGGGAUGAGCUGGAGCGAGUGAUGCACACGCGGGACGCCGUACUAGAGCUAGAGCGGGAGAUGCACGGUCUCCUGCAACUCUUCAGUGAUCUGCAGCUGCUUGUGCAGGGACAGCAUGAGCAGCUUGUACAGCUCCAGCAGAGUGUCGAGAGGAGCUGCCAAAGUAUUGCGGCCGGCGCACAGCAUAUGCAGGCGGCAAAGGCGCACGCGAAGCGCUGUUGCUCUGUGCUCUGA